UCCAUUCACACAAACAAAACAUUUAUCUCGCUAGUAUGUACCAGUUCAGAUAGUUCAGCUAAAAAGGAUAGAUCUAUAAUGUCAAUAAACAUGAAAUUUAUUUUAAUAGUCAAUAUCUCGAAUAAUGUGUGAAAAUAAUAGUAUAUAAUAGUGAUUUUUGUUAAUAAGACAAAACUCUGCAGGAGAGACUAUAAUAUAUAAUCAUUUUUUUCUACUAUAUAUAUCGAGUGAUAUAAUUUAUACUCUAGCGAACAUCUUUUAAUAUACAAAUAAGAAUAUAACAACAUAGAUCGACGAUGAGUCCUAACAAAAGAAGAAUGACAACGUCGGACGAAGAUGAAGAGAACUUCAAGAAUCGGCGUAGCUCUUUGAGAGUUAAUUUAAGUUACUGCACAAAUUUGUCAGAUUCUGGCAAUGGUUCCCUUGGAAGAACACAAACCGAGAACGAUGAAAGAAGGAUGAACAGGUUGCAAAUUAAUAAAAGAUUAUCGAGCAGCAAACAUCGGUGUAACACCAGCAAUAGAACUUCAGAAAUUACAAGUGAGAGAAAUAAAUGUUCUGAAAAUGAUGUCAGCAAAUUACCUCUACAAAUCAAAGAAGGAAUACAAUUAAAACGUCUCACGAUAAAUUUAGAGGACAUAAAUGCUAAAGAGCAAAUUCUUGCUAUAAAUUGCAAACGCUUAAAGGAUGCAAUUUUAAAUAAGACUAAAGAGAUAUUUAAUAAGCAGGAUGAGCUUUCUGUAAAAACUGCAAUGGUAUUGACAAGCCAGGCGGAUUGUUCUGUGAGUAAUAUGCGUAAUUUAAAUACUAACAAGUUAACCAAUCAAUAUUUUGAAAACAAAGGAUCUGUAACAUGCAGUCAAUAUAAUGAUACUGUAAACAAUCAACAAGGAGAGAAUGCAUAUCCCGAUAUUGAUGCUACACCAAAGAAUGGUGAAAGACGAAGAAAUUCGGAAAAUGUUGUAAACAGAUCUAAAUUAACUCCUAAACGUUUAUUUACAGAGAAGGGCAAAAAGCAAGAAUGUAGAAUCAUAGAGGAUAUUGUUUUGGACAAACCUUUUUCACUGUUCCCCCUCAAACAAGCAGAUCGAAGUGACAGUCCUAUACUAAGCGGUAGCAACAGAAGACUGCAGCUACUGAGAUCACGAUCUAAAUUAUUUUCGCAAAGUCAAUUUAAAGAUCAUAAUAACUCACCCUUAACUGUGUACUCUGAUCACAGUAUUAAUAUAGGACAGCCUGUUACUUGCUCUACUUUUAUUGAGGAUAAUGCAAAGGAUGAAGAAGAAGGGAAUAACAACCCUGAUAAUAAAGCAAGCCAGCAAGAUGAUUUAUCUCAACAUACUCACACGAUAAACACAUUAACAUCUAUGGAAAUGACAAAAGCUCAUGGUGGUAUCUACUCAAUAGGGAAACAUUCAUCUUUGCCAAGCAAAGAUUCAUACAAUAGUAAUACAAAUACCAAGAAAAAAAAAUGCAACAGUGAAAGUGUGGAGAAAAGUAAGAAUAUAAUGUCUGUGCAAAGAUUAGAAAAUAUUAAUAGUCCUUUAAACAAGCUUGCUUUACAAAAUAAUAGCACACUCUCAGACACUAAAAAUAAUCGAAAUGUAACAGCUGUGUGUGCAAAUACAACAGUUGUACCCACACAGUCAGCACCUGUUGAAGAAAUAACACUUGCUGCAGAGACACGUGAUGUAUUGCAAGCCCAAGAGCAGAAUAAUCAAAUAAAGAAACAAAAUAAAAGGCAAUGUACGUUGAGUCUCUCUGAUAGUAACUCAAUUCGAUCGUCUUUAAAUGUAAAUACAUCAUUGGAUGUAGUAACUGAAACUAGCGAAAGAAAAAGUGUACAAAAAUCGGAUGAUCGUGGAAUCAUUGUUACUAAUCGACACAUUGAAGUUACAACUAAUAAUGAGAUUUUGGAUAAUCAACGUGAAAGUAUAAAUACCAAUCGCACUUCGUUACAAGUGAAUACAUCUAUGGAUUCGAUGUGCAAAACACGGCAAAGGAAUAGUGAUUGCCGUAAUGAACAAUUUCCAAUUAAAAAUAAAAGUAACAAAUCUCUAACAGAUCAUUCGUCAGUAGUUGAAAACACAGAAGCGAAUGAUAUAGACUUUCUGGAAAACAUCAGUUUAAUUGAGAGAUUAAGAAACAUCUCCACGCGGAAUCAAGCUUCUCACAACAAUGAGUUGGAAAUUCCCGAAACGAGAAAUAAAAAAAGAACGAAAGAUGUUAGAUCUAACAAUGUAAUAAGCACUAAGUUUCAAAGUGCAAAUAAUAACAGUAGAAAUAGUUAUGUUGAAGGAACUCCGUAUCCAAUAAGUCGUUCAGUCUUGUUUAAAAGGCAAUUAAAACAUAAAACAUUAAAUUCGGAUAAUAACAGCACGGCAUCCUGCAGCAAUGAUUCUACUUCGGCUAACAAUGAGAAGAACAAUAGUGGAGCCAAAUCGAAUGAUUUAAAUCCGACAUCAAUUUCGUAUAAAACACAUGUGUUGACUGCAACAUCGAGAAAAAUUGAAGAUGACACAGUUGUUUUAGAAGAUACACUUGAGUGUAAUCCUUUUAUCGUUCAAGAAAAAACAACGGUUAUUGAAGAUUCAUUGGAUAAAACAGGACUCGACGAAACAAAUAAAGGAAAUACAAUUGCUUUACAAAAUGCAGAAAAUGUCACAACAAGAAGAGGCAAGAAAAGAUUAAUGCCACUUCACGAAAAUUCUCAGUUGUGUUCCAUUGAGAUGUUAGAAGAAUAUAGCGACAUGUCUGAAAAAUCUAUGACUAUAAAAAGAAACAAAAAGAAAUUGAAAAAGAAACGUUCAAAGAAAAAAACAGAAGACUCCAAGAAUGAUACAACUAAUAUCAAGAAUAAUAUUGCAAACGAACAAGUAUCCUUGAACGACGAUUAUGAUAUAACUGAAGAUAAGAAAAAAGAAAAUAAGAAAACGAAAAAACCGAGGAAAAUCAUUAGCAAGAAGAUCGUCAUAAAGAAAUUUGUGAACGAAAGUGCGUUACGUAUAAUGGAAGAAAGUAGACGAAAUAAGGGAAAUCUGUCGAUGGAAAAUAGAGAUUCCUCGAAUGAUUUCGUGACGCAUCGGAUGAUACCUACUCAACGGAAUAAGUAUAAGUCGCAAAAAAUCGUGAUUGUAACAACUGGAUUAUCAAAAGGGGAUAAAAGCUUAGUAAAGAGUAUCGUGAAAUCUCUUGGCAUGGCAGAAAUGGAGUUGAAUGUGUCCAGACGAACGACUCACGUGGUGAGCACAGGUGUGCGUACGGUGAAUCUACUUCGAGCUAUAAUAAGAGGAUGCUGGCUCAUCACUUUAGAAUGGGUUCUCAAAUCCUUGGAAAGCAACGUAUGGUUGAAUCCUGAAGAAUUUGAGAUGAAACAUUUCUCUAAAGCUGUAUUGGAAAAUCGGAAAGACAGGCAAUUAUUUGGGCCAUCGUAUAUCCCAGAAUUGUUCACCACAUGUGGGCUCAUACAUGUAGAACAUAAAACUGUACUGCCAUAUGAUACGCUUAAAGAACUUAUAAAGACAGCAGGCGGGCAUAUUACUGAAAACCCCAAGCUCGCUAGAAUUACCGUUGGCGCGAAUGGCCUGAAGGAAACCUGGAUUAUAGAUUCUAUCACAACAGGUGAAUUACAAUCAACUAAAUUUUAUCAAAGAAAAUGAGAAGAAAUACACGUUCUUUCUAUGAGAAUACAACAUACAAAUUGAAAUUUGUUAUGGAAUAAAAGAAGAGAGAUUUGUACAUUGGCUGUAUUUAGCAGAGAAAGCUAUUUUGCAAUUGUCAGAUUGUGAAUUUGACUGAUAUAUACUCUGAAAUUCAGUCAUGAUUAAAAGCAUAUACUGAUCAAAAUGUUACAAUAGUUAUAAAGUAAGCUUUCUCUGCUGACUGCAGCCAUUGAAUCAUUAAUUUUUUUAUAACUUAGAUAGCAGGAAAUAUUUAUAUAUGUGUAAUUUAUAUACACACAUAAAAGUUUUUCCAAAAAAGUUUAUUGUAUAACUUAUAUAAGUGUAAUUUAAUUUAUAAAGUUAAUAUACACAGAACAUUUGAUCAUAUAGGUUAUUAAUCAAGUUAAUAUAAAUAUUUGUAUAUUUUUGUAUAUGUGUAAUGUAUUUAUAUUAUUAUUGUUAUAUUCAGACAUUAUAUGUUUAGUUGUAAGAAAUGAUAAUUUUUUUGUUUAAGUAUACUAUACACAUAAUAAGCAAUCGUGUGUUAUUUGUAACUAUUAAUAAAUAUAUAAGAAAUA